AUGGGUCGCUUAAGCAGAACGUCGUCUCGGCUUGAACCCAGCGAUGAAGGGGCCACCCCCGAGCUCAAACGCGAGGAGUCGGCGGAUGGCGAAAUGCCCGACGAGCCCAGUAACGCCCGCGUAGCGGCCAUUAAGCAAGAGGAAGCAGCUAGUCCAUCAGAAUCGACAUCUUCGCCGACUGCGAAGAUCAAAUCCUCUCGCUCGUCGUCGACCUCGUCAUCGACCUCCAAACCACCUUCGGCGGCAGAUUUAGUCGCCAAGAACGAGCCUAGGGAUGCCAGUGGCCUCAUUUCAUCCUCCACCUCGCCUGUCAAGCCCGAACCCAAGGAGCCCUCGAAACCCGCGAAAUCGUCCCGAACAUCAUCAAAACUUCCUCCUCGCAUCGCGCCGCUCUUUGAUCACCUUCCCGACGCCACUCAAGAAGCGACCUCUACGUUUUCCCUCCUCGACGCCUGUACCUAUCAAAAUAAAUAUCUUGGAUUCAGCGAACAUGCCCUCGACUGCGACUGUGUGGAAGAAUGGGAUCCUUCCACCAAACAAAACCUCGCCUGCGGCGAGGAUUCCGACUGUAUCAAUCGUGCCUGUAAAAUGGAAUGUGCCAACGACUGUAGCUGCGGAACCAACUGUCAGAAUCAACGGUUUCUCCGCCAUCUCUUUGCCGACGUCUCUGUCAUCCAGACGGAGAAGAAAGGGUAUGGCCUCCGUACCAACGUCGACCUCCGGCCCCACGACUUCAUUUUUGAGUACAUCGGAGAGACGAUUCCCGAAUCUACGUUUCGAAAGCGGAUGGUGCAAUAUGACGAUGAGGGCAUCAAACAUUUCUACUUCAUGUCUUUGAGCAGAGGCGAAUUCAUCGAUGCUACAAAGAAGGGCAACCUCGGCCGCUUCUGCAACCACUCUUGCAACCCGAAUUGUUACGUCGACAAAUGGGUGGUUGGAGACAAACUCCGCAUGGGCAUCUUCGCUGAACGAAACAUCAAAGCCGGUGAAGAGCUGGUGUUCAAUUACAACGUCGAUCGUUACGGUGCGAAUCCACAACCAUGCUACUGCGGAGAGUCCAACUGCACGGGUUACAUCGGUGGCAAGACUCAGACCGAAAGAGCCACCAAGUUGUCGACGGCGGUCAUCGAGGCACUUGGUAUUGAAGAUGCCGACACGUGGGACACUACCGUGGCGAGACGUCCCCGCAAGAAGAAGACAUCAGAGGACGAUGAAGAAUACGUCGACAGCCUCGAGGCGAGGUCGUUGGACGUUGACGGCGUGACAAAAGUCAUGGCUGCACUGAUGCAGUGCAAAGAGAAGUGGAUCGCCGUGAAGCUGCUGCAGCGCAUACAGAGGUGUACGGACGACCAGGCGUGGCACAGAGUGGUCCGGUUCCACGGCUAUCAGAUACUAAACUCGCAGCUUUCUGCCUGGAGAGACGAUGAGAACAUAAUCCUCCAGAUUCUCGACGUCCUCGACCACCUACCUCGACUCACCCGAAACAAGAUCGUCGACGCCAAGAUCGACACGACCAUGAAAUCCCUCGUCGAGCACUCUGACGAACGGGUGGCUUCGCAGGCGUCGUCCCUGCUCGAUGCCUGGUCGAAACUGGAACUGGGGUACCGCAUACCGCGGAAGAAGAAGAACGAGGACGCUUCUUCGGCACAGGUCAAGACCGAGUCCUACACCGCCUUCGAAAGAAGGGAAUCCGCCCAGCAGCGGAAACGCUCCGAGUCCAGAUCACCGUCGCCGCGUAGCCCUCCCCCUCCGCGGGGCCCGUCCAACAACAACACCAACAACACGUCGUCGUCGUCGUCGGUGCCUUCGGGGCCGCGGUCGCUGCAGAGGCCGGGCCAGUUUGGCUCUCGGCACGGCGGCGGCGGCCCCCCCUUCAAUCGGGGACCUCCCGCGCUCCCCAGGGGUUGGUUCGCGGCUCAGGACAGCGGACGGACGUACUACUACUCGGCCACCGGACAGACGACGUGGGUGAGGCCAACGGCACCGGCUGACCAACCCCCGAGUCAACCCAAGCAGCCCUCGGAACAAGACGUCCUCAGGAGUAUCAUCGACAACAUCGUCACGUCCCGCGAGAAGGAAACAAAGACCACGGCGACCCCUGAGACCCCGGAGCCCGCGACAAAGGUCAAGAAGGAAGAGCGGUGGAAGUCGUACAAUGAAGAGAAGCAGAUGAAAUUGUACGAAAAUACCCUCUUCCCGCACAUCUCGCAUGUGAUGAGCAGGUACAAGCACAAGAUCCCCAAAGAAGACCUGAAGCGCUUCGGCAAAGAAAUCUCUAAAAAGCUCGUCGCGUCCGAUUACAAGGCUGGCCGGGUGAAUGACCCGACCAAGAUUGACGAGCGGCAACAGAAGAAAGUCAAAGAAUUUUGUAAACAAUUCUUUGAAAAGGCCUAUCAAAAACACAAGAAGCACGAAGCCGAAAAGGCUGCUCGCGAUAAGCGAAAGAAGGCAGCCGGAGCGGCCUCUUCGCCGACAGAAUCGCCCAAGCUGGACGAGCCGAGUUUAGAAGAUGUCAAGAUGUCUGAUGCUGAGGACGACAACGUUCCACCGUCGCCAGAUAUCGAGACACCUUCUGAAGAAACCGCCAACGGCACGCUUAAGCGCAAGCGCCCCGAGGAUGAAACCGCUUCGCUUGCUAGAGAUGACCACGAGUCCGAGUCGAUAGGCUCACCUUCCAAGAAGGCCAACCUCAAACCUGACUCGGACACGCCACCUCCGCCACCGCCACCGCCUGCGCCACCGGUCGAAACACCACCAGCCAGUACGCCGCGAGAUGGUGAAGGCGAGGGUCGACACGAGGGCGAAGGGGAGAUGGAACUGGACACAGAUAUCCACGGCGACACCAACUUCAAAGGCAGAAGCAUGGCCGAUGUCCUUGCCCAAGCGCAGGCCGAGGAUGAUGAGGGGGGAGAUGUGCCAAUGACAGAUGCCUUGGGCAACAAUGGAGAAACCCCUCUGGUGGACGGGCGGUAGAGGCCGUGAUGCGAGGAAUGUGUGAUUCUAGUAAACAGAUGCUUUGGGGCAACAAUUGGAGAGAAGACCCCUCUGGUUGGCAGGCAGGUAGAGAAGAAGCCGUGAUGCAAAGCAAUGCAAGC